AAUCGUUCAAGAGCGACCACAACAACACAGACGAACCUCAGUUCAGUCUACAGUCGGCAGGCGCACUGCUUAAGAUCACUAUCAGCAUCAUCGGUUUGUUUCAGCAGAUUAGUGUUCUAUCGGAAAGUGUUCGCCUCGGUGUACGGUGCGUCAUCUUUGUGCAGUGUUUGUAGUAACUGUGUGCAGUGCGAAAAAACAAUAACUAACACAUCAACCAGCAUGUCCGUGGAAGCGAAUAUUCCCGUCGUUGUUGAGCCGACGGAGCUCCCGGACGAGGACUUUAUGACGAAUCCUUCGCUGGCCAUGGACGCUUGUUUCACCGCUUUCGAUAAGGAUGGAGACGAUCGGCUUUCGCUGAACGAGUUUACGCUGAUCUGUCGGGCACUGUUCCGGAAUGAUAAAGGUCACAUCUACGUGGUGCCGUCCGAUCGUCUGGAGCAGAUGUUUGCCGUGUUCGACAAGAACGAGGACGGGUACAUCGAUCGGGAGGAAUUUCAGUUCUGCUGGAACCAAUGGAUCAAGACGAUCGUGCGCCCCAUUAGCGCGUUUCUCAUCGUGGACGUCCAGAACGACUUCAUCAGCGGUUCGCUUAACAUCAGCAACUGCAGCGCACAGCAGAAUGGACUGGAGGUUAUCGAGCCGAUCAAUAAGCUGCUGGAUACGGUUGACUUUGAUGCGGUGUUCUACUCGCUGGAUUGGCACCCGAGCGAUCACGUUUCCUUCAUCGACAACAUCAAACAGCGUCCGAUUCAUCCAACCAGCCCGCUGAAUGCGGACAACGCGCAGGUUUACGAUACGGUCAUCUUUGCCGGACCACCCCCGAUGAAGCAACGGCUCUGGCCACGCCACUGCGUACAGGACUCGUGGGGUUCCGAGCUGCACAAAGAUUUGAAGGUUGUCGAGCACGGUGUGAAGGUGUAUAAGGGCACCAACCCGGAGGUGGACUCGUACUCGGUGUUCUGGGACAACAAGAAGCUCUCCGACACGACACUGUGCGCUCAGCUGCGGCUUAAAGGCUCGACCGACAUUUACGUGUGUGGACUGGCGUACGACGUGUGUGUCGGUGCAACGGCCAUCGAUGCGCUGUCGGCCGGCUACCGGACAAUACUGAUCGACGACUGUUGCCGGGGAGUCGAUCUGAAUGACAUCGAGAGCACCAAGCAGACGGUAAUUUCCAGCAAUGGCGUCAUCGUUUCAUCCCGCGAGGUGAAGGCAAUGGUCGAGGGACGGGAUCGUCGCCCGGAGCUGGGUUACAAGUUGGCGAUGGAGCUGAAAAAUUCCGAAUCGGACCUGUCGAAGAACAAUGCCUGCAGAAGACAGUCCCAGCAGCAGCAGCAACAGCAACAGCAGCAACCAUCACAGUAAACCACUCGCCCGUCCUGAGUUCCACGCCACUGAUUGGCUCCGAGAGGGCAGUUUCGUUCGCCGGUUCGCCUUUGUUGGGAAGCUUGUGCAUCAUCACCAUCCUGACGGCCAACUGGAGGGCGGGGGAUGGGGGAUGGGGAGGGGGGUCCUUAUUUCAUCGUUUACCAUUUUUGGGUUGUCCAGCAUCAGGUUUACAUAUGUACGUGCGCGUUAAGGGCUCCAUUCGUUGAAUUUUAUCUUUUUUUCUCCCCUCUUUCCGUGUGUGUGUGUCCAGAAUGCAAAAGCUUAUAAAGCAUAACCUUUUCCUUUCUGCUUUGGCUUACCUACCUCGAAGGCACAAAGCAACAACAAAAAAAUGCCCGAGCGUAAAUGCUUCCGACGAGAGCGACGAGUCAUAAAGCUUCUUUCAUUCGAAUCCGGUUUUAGCCUCCCCUCCCCAACCGUUUCCUAUUCCUAGGCUCCAGUGUUCUCGUGCUCAUGCUUGUGGUGUUUAGGGUUUUGCCAUCCCUUUUUUGUGUGUGUGUGCUCCUUUCUGUACAUGUGGUUCUCCCAGCUUCUUCGGUACACGGUUAUGUUGCACCCAUUACCGUUUUAUAGGUUUCGGGCUACGCGCCGCACACCUUACUCCAUCCGCAUCUUCUUCCGCUUGCCGACUAUGGAGGGGGAAGAAGCAAAUCACAAAAAAUAGAAACACUCCAAUAAAACCAGGGAAGGCCGGGUGAAGGAGCGGAUCUGAUUUAACCGAACGACGUCCGUAACGAUUCUAGCUGGUCAUCGAAGUUUAUGGACCGAUCGGACCAAGAGAGAGGCGAAAGCAAAAAACAACACACAGUAACCAAAAAGCCCGCAGUGAUGAACGUGACACAUCGUGCAAACACACCUAUCCUUGUGCCGGCCCAACGGGUGUGUGUGUGUGUGUAUGGGGGUUGGUUCUAUUCAUCACCCACCCAACCCGAUGCCCCAUAAAACGGGAAGCCAAUGAUUUUGUCGUGGGUCAAGGUGUAAAUUACAUUUUACAACCAUGUGUGCGUGUGUGUGAGUGUGUGAUGAACCGUCAUAAACCCGAUGCCCGGUACCGUUUGUUCUGCUCUAUUUUGCAAUGCGGCGGCGGGAUUUGCUGUUAUUGUUUGUAUUCAUCACACACACACAGCGCCAUUUUAUCAGGACGAUUGAAUUUAAAUCCAGGGUUGCCCUUUUUUGAUCUUUUUUUUUUGUUUUGUUUUGGGUUUUUUCAUUCAACAACCUUUGCUGCUAAUCGGGAGAGAGCCAUCAAAGCACCCAAAUGAUGAUGGUGGCUUUGUGUGUGUGUGUGUGUGUGUUUGUGAAGUGAAUAAACGGGAAAAUGGUGGUUGUUUAAAAAUCAUGGUGCCGAUCAUUAUCAUAAAGGAUUCCAUCACUUCUUUUGUUUUUCAGUGCUUACUUGAUAGUGUAGAAUAAGGUGGUGAUGGUUUUUUGUUUUAAUUUCUAAUUAACGCUUUAAAUCGAUCUAGUUGGUGAGGGUUAACAGUUGGGGUUAACAAAUAUCUUGUAGUGUGUUAUAAUACAGUAUAGAAAAAUGCGCAAUGAAAACUGCAAAAACCAGCUAGGGGAAAAAGAAAAAUGACCAGUGUCCAGCAACAGACAUCACAAUUCCUCAGUUACUCAAAAUUUGGUUCCGUUUUUCUUAUAAACUUAAGUGACUUAUUCCAUCAGCGUUAAGAGAAAAAAUACCCCCAAAAAAGGGAAACGAUUUUACUCAUUUUAUAGCGUGUGCAUUGUGUAGCGGUAACUGUAGAUACUUAAACAUUCGGAGCUAGCUGAGCUUUUGGGACGCAGGUAGAAUGGUAGGCAGAAAGCAAAACGAACAAAAUAAAAAAAUAGACAAAAACUUACAGAACCAUUAAGAAAACACCAGAGAGCUUACGCACACCAUUUGUACUACCAAUUGUUUAGAACAUUGUUACACCGAUGUUAAAGAAAAAAAUGUAAGGAAAGGUGAGCAGGAUUGAACGUGGAAUCGAAACAGAAACACAGGUGAAACUGGUACGUUUUACAACGUGUUAGCAUUUCGAGAUGGUUUUUCAAAAUUUAUUGUCCCAUUGUUGCUGGAUAUUGCUCACGAAGCGUAAAUGAUUCCAUAAAGCAGACAAGUAUUGGAGGAGGAAAGGAAAGAAUGCGAAUGCGAUUGAAACAUUUACCCGGGGAGGACAACUACCAUCAUAGGAGGACGAUGGAGAGUCUGGGUUGAGGGACAACAUUUUUCGGUGACGAUUCGAUACAAAAUAAAGCGGUGCAUCAUCUGCAGCUAAAUGUUUAACGAU